CCAAUCAAUUUUGAGGAUCUUGUUGAUACUAAUACUGAUACAAUUUCCAGUAUUUUUUUAUUUUCUUUCUUACUUCAUGGCUUCUUCUACAAGUUGAAGUUCAACGUUUACAAAAGAGGAAUCCUAAUCCUAAGUUUACCCUUUUCUCUCCUUUUUCAACUGUGGAUCUCUGUUUCCCUCAAAAGCUCAUAACCCGUUCAUUUGCUUCAAUGGAUUUCCCAGUUGCUUUGUGAACGAGUUUCAACGCCAUGAUUGUCUCGUUUCUCUGUUUAUUCUUCUUGUUUCCGGAUGUACUGGCUCAGUCUUCUGAAACCAAUGCGUCUUCGACGAGCGCCGCUGCUAGAGCCCUCGAUGGGCUUCUCCAAGACUACGCUUAUAGGGCAUUUGUGCGCCCUAAAACAGGAGUGCCCUACGAUGGGGUUGUUCCUUCUAAUUUAACCGGGAUUCGGAUUGCGGCAAUGAGGCUCAGGAGUGGGAGCUUGCGGACCAGAGGUGUGAGGAUGUACAAAGAGUUCGAGAUCCCCAUCGGAGUUGUGGAGCGGCCCUACGUCGAACGCCUCGUUUUGGUUUAUCAGAACUUGGGGAAUUGGUCUUUGCGAUAUUAUUCGCUGCCCAACUACAGCUUCCUCGCCCCUGUUUUGGGUCUUCUUGCUUACGAUGCUUCCGAUUUGUCGGCUAAGAAUUUGCCGGAAUUGGAUUUGAGAGCGUUUGGGGAUCCCAUCAGGAUCAAUUUCUCGGAUGCGGAAUCGGCUCCUGGUGGGUCUGUCCCCAAGUGCGUUUGGUUUGAUUUACACGGUUUGGUCAAAUUCAGCAACUUGACAGCUCCCAAUGAGUGUUCCACCGUCCAGCAGGGGCAUUUUUCGAUUGUCUCCGAGGCAAUUUCGCCGCCUAUUCCGUCACCGGAGAGCGGAGGAAGGGAGAAUAAUGAUAGGAGAACAUGGAUAAUCGUUGGUUCUGUUGUGGGUGGGGUGGCAUUGCUGGCAUUCUUGGGGUUCUUAGUGCUUUGGGCUCGCAAAUGCAAGCAGAGGAAAAAAAUGCAGGAGAUGGAAAAGGCUGCCGAUGUGGGAGAAGCACUACACAUGACCUCCGUUGGUGGUACGAAGGCGCCAUCGGCGAUGUUUACUCGGACUCAACCGACUCUCGAGAACGAAUAUGUGCCUUAAUAACCCUUCUCUCUGUGUAGUUUCAGUAAAUUAUUCUUCUGAUCAAUGCCUCACAGCCACACCUAUUCUUUUUUUCUUUUCUGGUUGUUUGUUCAUGGUAGCCUCUCGGUUGUAGUGUGGGUAAAUUAGGAUUCUUUUUUAUAAUUUUCAUGAUUCAUUGUGGCGUGCAUUUAGCCGAAAUGAUUCUAUUCCAUGUCUUGAAUUAUAGUUGUCUCAUUCGUAAGGAAUAAAAACACUUCUUUUCUC